AUGUCCCCCAAAACCGUCAUCGCGACCGGUGCAUCCUCCGGCCUGGGCUUCGAAGCAGUGAAACAACUCCUGGCGCAACCCGAGCCCUACACCUUCAUCCUGGGCGCCCGCGAUACGGCCCGGACCCAGGCGGCAUACGAUGCCCUCAAAUACGACCCCAAGCACUCCGUCUCCAUACUACCGCUCGAUCUAUCCAACCUCCGCAACGUACGACCAUUCGCAGAACAGGCGCUCCAGAAACUCGGGGAUGCUCGAUUAGACUAUCUCUUCCUGGUUGCGGGAUCACUAGAUAGUGCCGAGGGGCCGGGCCCGCAUGGUUCGUCGUGGUGUGAGGGGUAUGUGGUGAAUCAUCUAGCACAGCAUUACCUGAUCCAUCUCCUGCAUGACACGUUAGCCUCGUCCCAGUCGCGACUGGUGUUCGUGUCAUCGGGCUCGAUCCGGAACGUCCGGGGACAAGAUCCAGCCACCCUCGACGUCGAUCUCAAAGCGAACUCCGGUGCCGGAAUCAGGUCCGUGUACAGCGCCUCCAAGUUCGUCCAGCUCCUGGGCGCGCACUACUGGCGCCGCCACCUGCCGACGUGCACGGUCAUCGCCGUCUCGCCGGGCCUGAUUCCGAACACGAAGCUGGCGACAGACAUGGGUGUGUCGAUGGAUAUGCCAGAUGCCAAGACCAUCCCAGAAGGCGCGGAGAAUCUGCUGCGCGCGUUUACAGCCACCGACCUCCCCGCGGAUCCUGAGCAAAUCUUCCUGACGAGCUGGGGUGAGUGGUGGCCCAAGGAUGUGUACGCGCUCAGCCUAGAUCGACAGUUACAGGACAAGUGGUGUUUGGGGAAGGCAGAGAUUGAGAAAGCGGAGCGGCUUUGA